AGACAGCGAACGUCCGUGCGGUGUAGAGCGCCAGAAAAGUUUCCCAAGUACACGAAGUUUUUUUUAGAACUCUCGUGUUGUGUGAUUUUGAUUUAGUUGAGAAAUAAUAAUUUAAUUGUCUUCUCUCGAUCGGCAAUAAUACAAAUAAUUAACAAUGGCUUUAGUCAGGAUUACAUCCAGCAAAUUGCCGGAAGCACAGAAACUUAAUUCAGUUCUAGCAUCAUACGUCCGUUUUCUCUCAGCGGAUUCCAACCUGCGUCAAGUUCUUGAAGCUAAAAUUCCAAAGGAACAAGAGCGAGUCAAGAACUUUAGGAAGCAACAUGGAAAUACCAAAGUUGGUGAAACCACCAUCGAUAUGAUGUAUGGAGGUAUGCGAGGUAUUAAGGGAUUGGUUUGCGAAACCUCAGUUUUGGACGCUGAUGAAGGUAUCCGAUUCCGUGGCUUGUCAAUUCCCGAAUGCCAGAAAGUCUUGCCCAAGGCUCCCAAUGGCGCAGAACCACUGCCAGAAGGUCUUUUCUGGUUGUUGUUGACUGGUGAAGUUCCAACUCAACAGCAAGUGCAAGGACUUUCUGCUGAAUGGGCUGAACGUGCUGCUCUGCCCCAACAUGUUGUAACCAUGCUUAACAACAUGCCAUCAACAUUGCAUCCAAUGUCCCAAUUGGCUUGUGCCGUUACUGCCUUGAAUCAUGACAGCAAAUUCGCUAAGGCCUAUUCAGAUGGAGUUCAUAAAUCCAAGUACUGGGAAUACGUUUAUGAGGACAGCAUGGAUUUGAUUGCCAAAUUGCCAGUUGUUGCUGCUACUAUUUACUGUAACACAUACAGGGGAGGAAAGGGUUCCAAGUCAAUUGACCCUAACUUGGAUUGGUCUGCUAACUUCGUCAAGAUGUUGGGUUACGACAAUCCCGAAUUCACUGAGCUUAUGCGUCUCUACCUGACCAUUCACAGUGACCAUGAAGGUGGAAACGUGUCUGCCCACACAGUGCAUUUGGUUGGUUCAGCAUUGAGCGAUCCUUACCUGUCGUUUGCUGCUGGUAUGAAUGGUUUGGCUGGUCCACUCCACGGUUUGGCUAACCAGGAAGUACUUGUUUGGUUGAUGAAGCUCGCACAACAAGUUGGCAAGACCCCAACUGAACAAGAACUCAAAGAUUUCAUUUGGAAGACACUUAAAGCAGGACAGGUUGUUCCUGGUUACGGUCAUGCUGUCCUCCGUAAAACAGAUCCACGUUACACCUGCCAGCGCGAGUUCGCCCUUAAACAUCUGCCCAAUGAUGAGCUCUUCCAAUUGGUGUCGAAGGUCUACAAGGUUGUGCCACCAAUUCUAACUGAACUUGGCAAGGUUCAGAACCCAUGGCCAAAUGUAGAUGCUCACUCCGGUGUCCUUCUUCAAUACUACGGCAUGAAGGAAAUGAACUAUUACACUGUGUUGUUCGGUGUGUCCCGUGCUCUUGGUGUUUUGGCUUCCCUCGUGUGGGAUCGUGCUCUCGGCCUGCCAAUCGAACGACCAAAAUCCCUCUCCACCGACGCUUUAAUGAAGGCUGUUCAAAAGUAAAUAAACAAUAAAACGAACCUAAAAACCUCACGCUCAUCAACCCCCUCCUAGUUCAAUCUAAAUUAUAUUUAAAUAGAUAUGCAUAAUUUUACAUCCUAGUAUGUACAGCAGAUUGUAAAUCAAAAACCAAAAUCUUAGAAUGCUAAGCCAACUAAAAUCUUACAUAAAAAAAGUAUUCAACUUUCUUUUAAUGUUUGCAUUUUAUUAAAACAUACUACAUAUUUUGAUGUUAAUUAUAUAUCAUAUAACAUCGCAAAGGCAAAACAUAAGUUACAAAACUAGCAUUGUUCAUCAACUAUCAGAAGAAAAAAAAAAUGAAUUUGGAGAAUCUAUAAAGAGCCUCCAGAUUCGGCUGACUAUUUAUCACUUUGUUGCGAUACUUUUUUCCUAGCAAAAAUAUUUUUUCCAGUUAAAAAUUAAUAAUUAAGUUAAAGUGAGGUAAUUGAGUUAUGAUCACAUUGCGACCUAUUUUAUUAAAUAUGAUUUCUUACAGAUCAUCGAAGCUUUAAUAAAUUUUACUUAAUUAAUUAUUAAUUUAUUUUAGAGAGGAUAUUAUUUAAAAGAAAACAAUACAAAUCAAAAGUCAGCAUAAGCAAUGUUGUGAAUGUAAUUGUAUUAUCAAGAAAGUAACGUGGAUAAGUCAAUAAAAGUUGUAUUAGACUAUUAUUUAAAUUAAAUAAAAAAGUCAAAAAGUUAAA